AUGUUUUUUCGCAUCACCAAGAUGUUUUUUCGUUUCUUUGUGUCUCAUGUGCUUAGGGCGUAUGCUCUACCGUUGCCGACUUCCACGGCCACUUCCCGUGGUUCGACGCUCGUAUUUCUGUUGUCGUCCUGCGCAACCUUGCAAACUGCGAACAGCGGAUCGCUCGCAAUAAAAUCUUCUGCUCGGAACAAGGAGAGGCGCUACGAGAAUGCGCUCGAAUGGGAUUUUUAUCUUGCUUUGUCAAGGACUCGUGAUGAUGAAGGCGACAAGCAGGAGCAGAAAUUGAUGUCUGGAAAACAGCUGGAGGCUUUGUCUUCUCAUAUCGAUUUUGCAUCUCGCAAUCCCAUACUUUUCAUCGGCGGCAUGGGAGCAAGUAUUAUCGAAGCUACGCUGAACAAAACCACGGCUCCGCGAGAGUUUUGCUGGAAAACAGCGGAGAACUACCGUGUGUGGCUCCCCUACACUGGCCUGCUGCCCGGAUUCGCAGACUGCUUCUUGGACAAUUUCAAGUUGCAUUGGCGAGAUGAGGUGGUAGAAGAAGACACUGAGGAUCAAGUUCAAGGCGGAGGCGGACGGAUUGCUCGUAGCGACCGCUCCGAUACUAAUUUGAUGCGACAAGAAAGUAGAUCCUCGGCCUCACGAGGCGGACUCGCGCCGUCAAUGUUUUCAAAGAAAAGACGGACGUCGUCGUUGGUUCUCGAUGAGUCAGAGGUGCAAGCGUAUGCGCUCGGGGACAGGAUUGCACCCGGCACCGGCGGUCUCACGGAUGGUUUGGUGAAAGGGCUGUGGGAGGAUUUGGCCAAAGUUGCUACGGACAGCGUAUGGCGCUCUCAACUCUAACAUUGGUCGUUGUUGCAAUUGCAUAUUGAUAAAAUAUUUCUUACGUACUAAUAGCGUCUAUUUCUAUUUGUGGCCGGUCACUCGCUAAUUUCUUAAGUGCUAAGUGUAAGUGUUUCUAACUCGUCCUACCGGGUGGCCGGUCCAGCUAAAACGGUUGGCGAGACGUCAUCUGGUGUGCAGAAGUGUUCCACACCUCUGCAGAUAUUCUUACCUUCUUGGAUUACGUAGCAGUAUGCGGGAGGAUUUUUCCCGCUCACCUUAAGAAGUGCGCGCGCAAUUCUAUUUCUAUUUGUGAUGGUGCAAGCUCACGCUUUGCAAAGCCAGCAGAAGAAGAAGAAAAACAAAAAGGGAAGCUGCUUGCGCCUUGAGCAUUAGAAGCCCGGCACGGAUAUCUAUGUUGUUGUGCGAGUGCGCAUUGAAGACUUAUUAUCAACGUAGAGCGAAGUAGCUUUAUCAUGCAAAGAGAGAAACUAGUACGUAGUAGAGCCUCCUGUGCCUGUAGUGUAAUACAUGGCAUCAAACGUUGAAGCAGCAAUUGUGUAACAGCGACGAUGGACGUAACGUCUGAGAAUUCUAUACCGUGGCAAGUACGCCAAAGACAUCAACCCCAAACAGAUUAAUCUGCUCACCUACGAUUUCCGGAAGUCGCCCACGGAGUGGAUACGCGACGGCACUUUUGCACGCACGAAGCGGCGAAUUGAACUGUAUGUAGACACGUACAAUGCGGGGAAGGCUGCGGUUCUGGUAACUCUGUCGGAAGGGUCCAACUUCCUGCACCAGUUUCUUGCGUUGUACGUCGACGCGCAGUGGAAAUCGCAGUACGUACGCCAUUGGCUUUCCCUAUCCGGACCUUUCGGGGGCACGCCGGAGCUGACUCGCAUGGCCUUCUAUCCACAGCCCGUCGAUGUGUACCACUUGCCCCAGUUGCUGUUUUACAUCAAACUUCGAGAGCUGCGAGACGUGUCGAUCACUUUCCCUUCAACUUUGGUGGGCACUCCAACAUACCUGACCGCUACGGAAACUCUGGUUGUCGACCACACCGGCAAGAAGUAUACCAAGAAUGCUGCGGCCUGCUCAGCUAGAACAAUCUCAAUCGGAACAAGAAUUUGCCGCGACCCAAAUAAAGCCGGCUGCCGCGGACGAUGAAGAUCAUGUUCAUCAGCAUCAUCUUACUUUGUGCUUACUAGCAAAGAAUUUAUGAAGCAGCUCUGAAAUGCUUACUGUAGGGAUGGAAAAUGUACAAAAGUUUCAUACCUAUAAAGUACUAGCGAAAAAGUGAUUAUAUAUCCAAAAAAUGGGCCGCAUAUUUUCCGGCUUCGAAAUAUGCGGCCCAUUUUUUGGAUAUAUAUCCACUUUUUCGCCCAUAUAGGCACUACUUAAUAGCACGCGGCCGGCUGCUUUUCUAGCACGGUCCGACCGUGCUAGUGGGGACGCCGAAAAAUGCAAAGACUGGUCGCCAUGGUGCUCAUAACAGUGCCCGACCGUGUUAGCUAGUACUUUAUAGGUAUGAAACAUUUUGCAGCUUUCCAUCCAUAGCUUACUUUCAGAACUAGCGACGCCAGCUUCGCCUGUAAGUGAGCGCAUCGAAGCGCUCAAACGCCACCUCGCCAGUUCUAGACAGCAGAUUGAUCCAAAAAGAAAGAAGUGCCGGCGGUCCCGGAGUUGAUUCUGGGACUCAGAAUCAGACUCGACCUUGAUUUUGAGACGUGUUUCCACGUCAGUGAGGCGACCACACUGCUCUUUUCUAGUCGUGUGCCAGGUUGCGAACAGAUGCAAGCCCGCUCCUGUCUAUCGAGGAACUGAGUAAGACGCAACGCUAUGCGCCACCUAAUUCCGUCCGUCCGUUCUCACGUCAGAGAGGCGACCACAUUGCUCCUUCCUAGUCGUGUGCCAGUCCGCGAAAAGAUGUAAGCCCGUGGCUGUCUAGCGAGGGACUGAGUAAGAGGCAACGCCAAUCACCACCUAAUUCUGUCCGUCCGUUCUGCAACUCAAACUCAAACUCGUUCGCGAUUGUGCAACUCAUCAAGCUCGAGUUGUCGUGCUUGAUUCUGAAACUCAGACUCAAGCUCGACCUUGAUUCUGAGGCUCAGACUCAAGCUCGACCUUGUUGAUUCAUCUAAAACUUAAGCUAAAAACUGACUCAGGAACUGGAGCUGGCGCGUGCAUUCUUUUAAUCCAGCAAGGCAAUUACUUCUCUACAGUUAUGUGUAUGGAUAUCAUAUAGGUGGAUCAAGUCCCGCGCUCGUUGAUGAUCGUCGCCAUUGGCAAGGGACAGCCGUGCAGGUGUUGCAGUUCAACAUAGUGCAAAGGCGCAAAAAAUUUUUUGGGUCGUGUUUCCAGAUUAGGCUGCGAGUAGGAUUAGCCGUCCUCGCCCCCCCCAGGCUGUUGCGUACGGCGGUAAGGAAUCAGAGCGCGAAGAUCAGUGCUAGCGAGCAGAUAGGCAAGCCCGCGCGCCUGCUGUCAAGCAGCAAGCUUGCGUAUGGCGGAUGGAGAAAGGUGAGCGCAAACUCUGCCAGGCGCGCGGGGCUAGCUUCGCUCCGUGAAGAUCGAAAAUGUGCGCCGGUUUGCCGGCAGCCGCCGGAGGAGCGGGAAGCCGAUCGGGCGUGGGCCUUCUGCAUGUGAGGGGAGUGCGUACGCAGCCCAUCCCCAGUGAGGUCUGGGUCUGCGGCAUCUACACCCCGGCAGGAGGUUCGCCGGCGCUUCACCUUCGGGGCUUUGCAAAAUGUGCGCCGGUUUGCCGGCGUGCGUCUAUGGUUCAGCAUGAUGUAGCGUGAUACUUUGAGAAUGAACACAGGAAGCGCACGGGCACAACGCUCGCGGCCAAAAGUCUGGGACAGGUCGCCGCGCACUCCUGUAAAGAUAUACAAGCAAGAAGCGAACCCCCACAGCGGGAAUGUCGUGUCUGUGUGUUUCGGAGGAUGUGUUCGGCCUAGUGAUGAUCUUUAUAUAUCAGCGGGCUGGCUUGGUUUGGCGUGAUAAAGAUAAAGACAAAGACAAAGGCUAUAUCUCGCGCGAAGUUGCACUUGCAGGGCGAAUAACCGUACGCGUAUAGUAUUCAUUGACACCCAUUACUUUUGCCGUCCUUGGUUAUCUACAUCGUUCCAGUCAGAUUGUUCUAGUCUAUCAACCCAUAAACAACCUUGCUGAGGCUUUCCAAGACGCCGGUCAGAACUUCACAGCGAAACUGCUCAAGAUGCAGAAGCGUAUUGCUCUUGGCAUAUGGAAUUGGAUGAAGUACAGGAUUGACACUGCGAGCAAGCGUUUGUGAAGUUGUUUCUGAUGUUACGGACCACACAGUUUGGUAUUCGUUUUGAGAUUUCAUUUUGUUUGAUUUUGUGCUAUUCGGAAGUGCGAGAAUGAAACUACACAAAAAUUCGCACGAACAGAGUACUUUUUUGAUGCGCUACCGGGUCCAGGCGUUCCGGUGACGUGCGUGUAUGGUUCGGGUUUACCCACGCUCGCGAAUAUGACUUACGGGAACGGGUGGGACCAGGAAGGGACCGAGUUCGGCUACGAAAGCGGCGACAGCGUCGUACCGGUACGGUCUUUAAUUCGCUGCCACGAGUGGAAUGAAAUACCGCGACAUCCGUCUGUUGAGCUCGUGGAAGUCCCCCAGGCCUCACACGGCGAUACGCUCCGCCGACCAGAAGCGCUCCACGCGUUCAGGGAGAUACUUCAGGCACUUGACAGCUCUGCCGCUGCUCUCCAGGAGCAUGAUGUAAAAGUACCUGCUGAUGUCGUGGACUACAAGGAGCGCGGACCCCGAGGAACAGAACCAGCAGCAAGAAGCGACAUAGAGGGCGCUCACGGGCGAACCGAUCAUGACGCUGAGGAAGAGUUGUACUACAUUUGAUUAAUGAUUUUGAGAUGCAUUACGGAUGCAUUCUUUCCGAGGAACCGGCGCUGGGGCUGGUCUACUUCUGAGUCUUUGGCAAUUACCAUUGGUAAUGGAGCACGGAUACAAUGUUAAAAGAGAAGAAGGGCUUCUAUAGCGUUUUAAUACUAAUGCUCAGAAUGUACUAACUGUAUUGAGAUAAUUGGAUGGCCGUGCGAGCAGCCAAACGGGAAAGAAGCCUCUUUCUAAGAAACAGUAAUAAACUCGGAAACGAUGCUUAAUUUAAGCAUCGUUUCCGAGUUUAUAUACUGUUUCUUAAGUAGGAGUACGUAUAGGUAUAGUGUACUAUAACGACAUGCACACGAAGAUGAAGAGAGUGUGCGAAUUGAUGGCUUAUAUGAUGUUAGUGUUGCGUGAUGUUGAUUGGCAUUAAUUUGUGUCCUCUUACUCAACCGAAGUUGCUGUUGGCGCUGCAUCAAAAACUGCGACAUUCUUUUGCGCACACGGCCAAUUGUAGUUCCUUGCUCAACAUGGCGGACUUCGUGGCGAUCAAUGUGAUAAAUUGCAAUUUUGAUUUUCGUGUCUCUCAAGCAGAGCGAUUCACUAAAU